AUGGUGACCUCCAAGCGAUCACGGCCUCGCCGAUCCCACGUCCUCGGAGGCUGCAGCACCUGCAGACGCAGGCACGUCAAAUGCGACCAAAAACGGCCCGUCUGCCGAACAUGCCGAGCACUAGGUGUGCCAUGCGAGGGCUAUUCCAAUCAAGUCCUGUGGAUGCGCUCCGACAGCAAUGAAGAGGCCGAUGGAACUCGGCGUGGUACCCGAAGACAUCUGUACACAGAGCAAUCUAGACUCUCUAUGAGCACGGCCUUAGGCUCCGACUUGGUGUCAGGGUCAAUUGAUGCAUCACUGGCGGAGGUUGACUUGAGGCUGCGAGACCCGCACCGGGCUCCCGAUGGUGACAUCGUCAUCGGGCCUUUUGCAGUUCUUGACUUUUCUUGCUCUGCACCAAAGAAGGAGCUAGAGUUGGAAGAGUUGGAGGAGUUGGAGCCUGAGGUUGACCUUAUAGAUCCCAACCUAACCACAACGAUCGAUGCCCCUGAUACUGUGGCUCCUGAGGACGUGCAGAACCCCAGUCCCUCUUCAAUACUGGACUCACUGUCUCACAUCGAUGACUUCCUUCACUGGUCUGAUCUCUUGAGUUUCAGUCCAGAUCAAACAGGAUUCACUUCAAAUAGCGCUUUGACGAUACCCAAUGACUUAUCGUUUGAUAUGAGCCACGAAAUGGGACUGUUACCAAUUGAUUCGAAUCACAAUGACGACAUGUUAAAUAUACUUACACCGCAGAAUACGCUAGCAGAGCCUGGUAACACUGAAAUAGAUGCACUGAAAGACGCGCCAUGUCUUCUGAAGCAUUUCCAAGAUAUCGUCAUUCCACACAUCAUGGCCAUCCCUUGUCGACAAAAAUCACCGUGGAAGAUUCUCAACGUACCGGCAGCAGUUGUCACUUAUAGUGACACCACAUUUCUUGGCACUGAGAAGAUAACUCAUGCUAGAAUGGCGAAUCUAUAUGGCUUGCUCGCCUGUUCUGCUAUUCAUCUCGUUUUAAACCCUUCUGCAAGUUCGUCUAAGCCCCCCGAAUAUUGGUGGCAGGUCGCCAGUCAUGCAUACCAGGAAGCAAAGGACCACAUGCAAACCUCCCUGAACACAGAGACCCAAGGUCUGAAAAAGGCAAAAUAUAAAGAUCAAUUGAUGGCUGCAUGCAUCCUUAUUCAGUACACAAUUAUGUCAGGUCAGCAACAACACGCUCGAUGUUUCAUGAUCGACGCAGAGCGACUAUUGCGACUUCGGGGUCUUUCAAAAACAAAGAUAUCUAAGAAGGCUCGCCUUUUACAUCACGUGUAUACUUGGCUCCGAAUCGUUGGCGAAAGCACCUUCGUACUGCAUGACUAUAACAUUUCCUCUUCAUCCCUCGAAGCCCUCGGCUCUCGUAUUCGACCUAGAGCACUGCCGAGCCGAAUUGAACCAGAGGUUUCUGAGCCAAACCCUCGCCUUGAUGAUUUCCUUCGCCUCGAACCACAAAACUCAGACAGCGAUCUCAACAUUGACGAACCCAAAGACACUGCCGCUGCACUUCAUGAUAUCCAUCUCCAAGAUUCACGAAGCUACCCAGAAACAUUGUAUAAGCAGAUCUACGGAAUCCCCGAGACAUGGCUUAGCCUUAUGUCUCAGACAACAAGACUCGCCAAUGUAUUAGAGACGUUCUGCGUUGCCAGAGAAGCAGGAAAGGAUGUGAACCUGCGGGCGUGGGAAACCCUUCAACGACGCAGCAUGCGUUUAGAAAACAUGAUUUGCUCCUUCAGUCUAGGCCGUACAAGAGCCGGUGUUUUGGAGCUUCAUGCUGACUCAGAAUCUCACGGCCACAUGGUUGAGGCAUUAAAUGCCGCUCUGGUGAUCUUCUUCUACAAGAGAAUUAGAAAUACUCAUCCCGCCGCUCUACAGGGCCACGUCGAUAGUGUCAUCGCAGCACUUGAAGCAUGCAGCGCGACAAGGACGGAGCAUGACCCCACUGGACCAGGAACCGCAUGGCCGUUAUUCAUUGCUGGGUGUGAAGCAAUUUCUAAUACGCGACGUCAGGCGAUUACGGGCCUCCUGGACAGGGCCAGUGCAGUUUGCGGAUUUGCUGCGUUCUCAACAGCUAGGAAUAUCAUCACUGAAGUUUGGAGGAGGCAAGACGAACAUAUGACCGCUAACCGGGGUGAAUCGAUGCCAUCAUGGGUGGAUGCUGUGCAACAAGGGCAGACUUGGCCAUUGUUCUGUUAA